AUGGCAUCUGAAGAUGACAUGGUUUAUUUGGAGAUGGCGGGUCUUUCGGUCGACGGUGAUGCGGAGGGUGAAGACGGCUUGGUCUUCGGAAUCGACGAUGGUGUACUCGACCAGGAUGACCUGUCAUUGUGUCUAGUGGGGCGGUUCUUAACAAGUCGACCUAUCAACUUCAAUGCGAUGGAGCACACCUUGGCGGCGCUUUGGCAGCCAUUUGAGCAAGUCUCUGUCCGUCGGGAGGAGGGUGAUCGGUAUGUAUUUCAAUUCUAUCAUUCAGUCGAUGUGCAGAGAGUUCUGGAUAUGCAUCCAUGUACGUUCAACAAUCAUCUCCUGGUUCUUGAGAAGUUGGAAGGUUUCUCCCACUCGUCUGAGGUUCCUCUUACCCAUGUCCCCUUCUGGAUUCAGGUGCAUGGUUUGCCGUCGGGGUUCUUUUCUGAACGUGUAGUGACCCGCAUAGGGAAUGAAUUGGGUUUCUUCAUGGAAUCUGAUCCUUACAACUUCAUGGGUCCUCGGAGGGCUUAUGUUCGGCUUCGAUACAAGCAUGACCUUUCAGCUCCCAUUCACAAAUCCUUGAGAAUGCGCAAGAGUGAUGGAGCAUGGUUCACUGCAACUUUUGCUUAUGAGAGGGCACCCAGUUUCUGUUUCAUUUGUGGACUGUUUGAUCAUACAGAGAAAUUUUGCAGGGAGCUUCUGAAGUUUGGGAAUGCGCCAGUGGUUCGAAAAUUUGGGCCGGAAUUACGUGCCAAUCAUCGACGCCCUCAGAGUCUUAGCAGCCGAUGGCUUAAGGGAGGAGGAGGGGAGCAAAGCAUCCAAGGUCAGUCGAGUUUUAAUUCUGGUAAUUCCACUGAUAGCGGACUGAAUCCGCCUCCAAAUGCUGGGGUCUAUAAUGAUCAUGAUAUGGAAAGGGGUCAAGAGGAUCUUGAUGUUGGGGAGGAUCAAGCUAUGGGUUUGGGAGUUGGUGUAACCAUUGUUGAUCCUAAACGGCGACGUAUAUAG